AUGGCUGCCUCCAUGAGAUUAGCGUGUGCCGCUUCGGUACCGGGAAGUCUACUUAGAGCAGAGUUUCCACCCCGCCCCCCGAUUUUAAGGAGUUUAUAAAGCGGUAGUAGUGCUAAUUCUCCUCUCUGGUAGGACGAAGAAGAUUCCCAAGAAGGAGCGGAGCAGAAGCGUAAGGCGCGCAUAAAUACGAGCGGAGAGAAGCAAAACUAUUAAGAGGUUGGAGGACCGGAGUAAGACUUGAUACUGAUGAUCAGACCUGUAGCGGGUCCGGCUUGUUUGUUGUACAGAUACAAUUUGGGGACAGACAAGUAGCAGCAAGAGCCACGUGGGUGACUUUGGCUUUCGAGAAGUAAUGAUGCGCCCCGUGUUGCUGUCACCUUGUGUUAAAAGUUGCUCCCGGAUACUUGCCCAGUUCUGGGCUGAAGGAGGUGGAAAGCCCAGGCAGCGGCGAUGCCUCUUCUCCAGUUCUCCGUCGCUUUCUUCGGCUUCCUACUGGAGCAAAGUGGUUUCGGAGGCCGAGAAAAUUGUGGGCUACCCGACCUCUUUCAUGAGCCUUCGGUGCCUCUUGAGCGACGAGCUGAGCAACAUCGCUAUGCAGAUGCGCAAAUUGGUGGGAACCAACCACCCCUUGCUUAACACGGCCAGAUUCCGACGACCGGGGUUGAAGUCAACAGAAGAGUCCAUUCAGAAUGACAUUGUCAGUGGGAUAUAUUCCAGUCAACGAGCUCUUGCAGAGAUCACAGAGUUGAUCCACACAGCUUUCCUUGUGCAUCGUGGAAUUGUAAACAUUGCUGAACUGACAUCCUCAGAUGGAGCAUUGAAAGAUAUGCAAUUUGGAAAUAAAAUGGCUGUCCUGAGUGGUGAUUUUCUUCUAGCAAAUGCCUGUACAAGUCUUGCUCAGCUGCAAAAUACUAAGGUGGUAGAGAUUAUGUCAAGUGCCAUUGGCGAAUUAGUACAAGGAAUAUAUUAUGAAAAUUCAAGCUCAGGAAAGGAAAACAGUCUUACAGAUGACAUCAGAAUAUCAGAUUGGAAAGAGCAGAUUUUCCAAUCUCAUUGUGUUUUGCUGGCCAAAGGCUGCAAGGCUGCAAUGGAAUUGGCAAAGCAUGCUGCAGGAAUUCAGAAGAUGGCGUUUAACUAUGGGAAGCACAUGUCUAUGUGUCACAAGCUAAAUGCUGAUAUUCAGCCAUUUAUUGAUGGAAAUUCGAAUGAUUCCCUGCCAUUUAACUUAAAUUCUGCUCCUGCAAUAUUCCAUCAAGAGUUUGUUGGAAGAGAAGUCUGGAUUAAGCAAAUUAAAGAGACUCAAGGCAAAGGAGACUUAAUAGACUAUAGCAAGUUGCAAGAUGCAAUCAAGGCUAGCAAAGGUGUGACUUCAGCUAUUGACCUAUGUCGUUGCCAUGGAAACAGCGCACUGGAAGCUCUAGAAUGUUUCCCUCCCUCUGAGGCCAGAUCUGCCUUAGAAAACAUUGUUUACGCUGUGACAAGAUUUUCAUAAUGUAGAAUUGGAAGAAAAAAAAAACUGCUGUUCAUUUGUGGAAACGAGCCAAACAGAACAGGUGAUUGCAAAAGUCAGAUCUGCCAUUGCUAGGGAUCCAAAUGCAAUUGUGGCUUUAAA